UUUUCAGGUUUCUUGAAUGUCCAGAGAAAGGGAAGUGUAUGAUGAUGCAGGGAAGAGGAUAAAAAGAGAGGUGUUGGAUGCAUAUAUUAAUAAUAAGACAACAACAUCGAUGGGAAGAAGACAGAUAUUGAUGCCAGCAGCAGCAGCAGGAAGUUUGAACAGCAUCACACCCUGUGCCGCCUGCAAGCUUCUGCGAAGAAGAUGUGCAGAAGAAUGUCCAUUUUCACCUUAUUUCUCCCCUCAUGAACCCCAUAAGUUUGCUGCUGUUCACAAAAUCUUUGGUGCCAGCAACGUCUCUAAGUUGCUCAUGGAGGUGCCUGAAAGCCAAAGAGCAGAUGCAGCAAACAGUCUGGUAUAUGAAGCAAAUGUGAGGCUACGAGAUCCAAUCUAUGGUUGCAUGGGUGCAAUCUCUGCGUUACAACAACAAAUCCAAUCUCUGCAAGCUGAUCUGAAUGCAGUUAGGUCUGAAAUCUUGAGAUAUAAAUACAGAGAAGUUGCUGCUGCUGCUGCUAACAGUACUCAUCAUGACAUCAAUAAUAUUAUCAUCGCCUCCACUUUGGCUUCUUCUUGCCACAUCGGCAUCACGGCGGCUCAGCUGUCGACCAUCCAAGCUCCGCCAACGCCGCCACCGCCACCACAACCGUCCAUUGUCAUAUCAUCUUCUUCUUCAUCGUCGUCUUCAUCUUCUUCAUCAUCUUCUGUUCAUCUUUACGGGAUUCCUUCUAGCACUUCUGGUUAUAGUACUAGCACCAUUCCUAACAAUAAUGUAUCAAGCUACUUUGCUUGAUGAUGAUGAUGAUU